ACACACACACACACACACUAUGCUGCCUUCACUGAACCACGGAGAAACCAGUUCCUCCUUUAAAAUUCCUCCUUCACGAGCCUAAAGGAGAGGAAAUGUAGAGAAAUCGAUUAUAUUGAGUUUUUUACAACUUAGCGAACAAAUAAAGAUUAUUUACAGUCUGGUGACUCAUUAAACUGAAGUGCAUAAGUUUAUUAGGGAGUUAAUUGUAUUUUCUUCUAUUUAAAGAGUUAAACUGUGAAAAAUGAUAAAAGUUUUUAUUCAUUACUGACUUUAUCUCUGUUAUCUCAGUUAUUGUGGAGGUGAAAUACUUUUAAAAAAAGAUUUUUCAGAUUUCUUUAGUCAGUGUAACUUCAGAGUUUUGAGCGGACAGUGAACGCAGCAGAAGCUCCGCCCCCUCGGCAGGUGUACUCUACACCUUGUCCGGCUGGUUUCAUCAGGCGGAGACAAAUAGUUGCAGAAAGGAUGGCUCGCCUCGCGCUUUUCCUCUUCCUGGUUUGGACAGGAUCCCAGCUGGCUGGAGCUUUAGUCUUUGAGAUCCACAUCCGGGUGAUGGAAGGUCAGGCCGUCACGCUGCCGUGCCGCGCUCCCAACAUGGUGGACCCCAUCAAAUACCUGGAGUGGAGUCGACCCGACCAGAAGAUGUCCUACAUCAUCCUGUACCGAGACCAGCACUUCUACCCGGACUUCCAGGACCGGGCCUUCCGGAAGCGAGCCGACCUGCUGGACAAGGAGAUGAAGGAGGGCCAGGUGUCUCUGGUGCUGAGGAACACCUCGGUGGCCGACAACGGCGUGUACGAGUGCCGGGUGGUGCAGGCGAUGGGGAACCGCCAGAAGAGAUCGGUUCUGAUCGCUGAGCCCAACAUGGUCAUCAAGCUGAGAGUCAGUCCACAAAAUCAAAUCCAUGACGACGACGCCGCAGCCGACGCCGACGCCGCCUGGCUGAACCGCAGGAGGAACCAGGAUGAAGACGGUGAUGAUGAUGACGACGUCCAGCAGUAUCUGGCCUUCCUGCUGCCGGUCGUCGCCGUGACGGUUCCUCUGCUGGCGCUGAUCACAUGCAAGUUGUUCAGAUCUUUUCUGAUGAUGAGCUACAGACCCGUCUCCAAGUGAUCCGAGGGACGAAGAACCAGGAGGAAAUGCUACUGACAACUUCCUGUUGGCUGUGGAGAGGAACGCUCUGCGACGCAAAAACUCCAAAUAUUACCAAGUGUUUUGAGUCCAGUUUCUCUGUGUACACCUGAAAUAAGACUAAACUAACUUAACAACUUUAUUUGAAGAGGUGAGCAUAAGACUGACAGGACAUUAUCAUAAAACAUGAAGGAGUUUUCAUGAGUGUUUAUGACGUUUCUAAUACAAAGUUGGUACUUUUAAUGGACUUUUAAAGCAAUUUUGCAUAAAAUCUGUGAUUAUUUACUGAAUGACACUUCAUGACAACAUUCAUAAAAACUUCUUCAUGUUCAUAACAAGCAUAAUGUCAGCCAGUCUUAUGCACAGCCUUCCUAUAAAGUGCUACGCAACUUUUGAGGUAAAUCCAGAUCAGUCUUUCUCAAACUGUGGCUCCUGGACCACUGGUGGUCCGUGGGCGCCCCCUCAAGGUCCGUCAGGUUCAGCAUGUAAACAGCCAAUUAUUUUAAGUGCAAUGCUACAGCUAGCUUACCAAAGGAUUGUGUUUGAAAAUAAUGAUGGAUAAAAGGCUAAAGACCAGGCCACUAAAAAUAAAGCUUGAAGAUACCGGUGGAAAGCUCCUCAGGGUGAAUUACUGAACUUUUGUACGUUUUUAUGACACAGACAUGCAGAUCUCAGCCUGGGGCUGCGCUGCGUGCGACAUGACGAGACGCUGCGCCCCACGCUGACUACCUGCAUCAUAACAGCUAGAAUAAAAUUAUUUAUGUUGAACUUUCUACUGGCUGAAGAAAAUGUUUGUUUUGCCAAGGCAACUCAAAUCUAUUUUCUUUUAUUAUCUUUCUAAAGUACAAAUAGCCAAGUUUUUAAUGCGCACUUCUAAUAAAUAAAGUUUUUUGAUUUCCAUGUAUUUUUUAUUAUUGGAAAUCUUAGAAUCCACACAUUAAGAAUCUGAAAAUAACUCAAAACGCCCCGAGUCGACGUAUUCAUGGUUUCCUUGUGGCCAGUCACAUUUACAAAGCAGCGCCACCUUCAGAUGAGGAGGAACAAAGACAAUGAUUAAGAGACGAAUCUUUUGAUUUCAGGUUUAUGUGUUAAGAUGUUGUGUUGUUGGGGGUUAAUUUGAGAUGCGGUGGUCUGUGAGUGUUUGUUAAAUACGUCCAGUGAUCCUCAGCCUGAAAACGUUUGAGAAACACUGAUGUAGAAACUUGUUUUAAGUCAAUCAUUUCUUAGUAUUGAUUUUAAAAUCUAUUGAUUCCA